AUGGCGAAUGCAAGGACACUAAGGGAGCUGGCUGCUUCGGAAUUGUCCCAACAGCCGUUGUGCAUCACAUUUCCAACUCUAGUUGAGAAUACCUCUUUCGAACUGAAGUCAGGAUUAAUUCACCUCCUACCCACGUUCCAUGGCAUCUCGGGUGAGGAACUCCAUAAAUACAUUCAAGAGUUCGAUGUGGUAUGCUCCAGUAUGAAGCCUCCAGGAAUUACUGAGGAGCAGAUUAAACUUAGAGCCUUCUCAUUCUCUCUCAAGGAUGCAGCGAAGGAUUGGUUGUACUACCUACCUGCAGAGAUAUGUGACAUUAAGCAGUACCCUGGAGAAUCCCUAUACGACUAUUGGGAGAAGUUCAAUAAGUUGUGCACUAGGUGCCCACAACAUCAAAUUAGUGAACAACUAUUGAUCCAAUAUUUCUAUGAGAGCCUCCGGUCGUCUAAUAGGAGUAUCAUUGAUGCUGCAAGUGGGGGAGCAUUGGUGAACAAGACACCAAGGGAAGCAUGGUUACUCAUUGAAUUGAUGGCAGAGAAUUCUCAACAGUUUGGCUUCCGUGAGAGUAACCCUACCCGUAGGGUCAACGAGGUAGAGACGUCAUCCAUUCAGCAGCAGAUAUCAGAGCUAACAUCUUUUGUUCGACAAUUAGUUGUGGGAAACAUGCAUCAAGCAAAGGCCUGUGGAAUCUGCACAAAUGUGGGCCACCCCACUGACUCAUGCCCUAUGUUGCAAGAGGAUGGGGCUGAACAAGUGAACAUGGUUGGAGGCGUACCCGCGCCUCGUAGGCAGUAUGACCCAUAUUCCAACACGUAUAAUUCGGAUUGGAGAGACCACCCCAAUUUCAGCUAUGGGAAUAGGCCACAGAAUUUAUUCUCCAAUCGUCCACCGGGAUUCCAGCAACCAUGGCAACCAACAUCACAACCUUCGUCAUCUAACUCAGGAAGUUCUUUGGAAGAUAUUGUCAAGAGCCUGGCCACGAGUACUGCUCAGUUCCAACAGAAAACCAGAGCAAGCAUGAAAAAUCUGGAGAUUCAAAUAAGUCACAUGGCAAUCGCGAUUAAUAGCUUGGAGUCCCAAGUUUUUGGAAAAUUACCAUCGCAACCCGAGACAAACCCAAAAAAUGUGAGUACCAUGACAUUAAGAAGUGGUAAAGAAGUGGAGGGGCCUAAGACCACGAACCUGAAAGAUAAGAGUGAGGAGGAGAUAAAAAAAGAGAUUGAGGAAGAAAGACACAUUCAUGGAGACCCUAAGGUUGGAGAAAACGAAGAAGGCGGGGAAAGAGAAAGAGAUCCUGGACGUGUUCAGAAAAGUGGAAAUCAACAUCCCUUUGUUGGAUGCAAUCAAGCAAGUACCGAAGUACGCAAAAUUUCUCAAGAACUUGUACACUCACAAGAGAAAGUUGAGAGGGGAUGA